AUUUUUAAUUUAUGUUUUGGUGUUGUUAUUUUAUUUUCAAUUGUAGCUGUUCACAAGUAUCUGGUUUCGCAGCAUUUAAAUGUUAGAGCUGGCAAAGCUUCCUUACCUACAAUAGGAGUUAUUCAUAAUAAUGCCUUAAAAAAAAAUAAUAAAACUUUAAGAUCGGAUAAACAAGAAUAUAUUUCAAUUCCUUCAUCUUUUUUAGCUUUUUUAGUAGGAUUAAUAGAUGGAAAUGGAUAUAUUCAAAUAAGUAAAACAUCAAAAGGAUUUAUAACAAUGAAAUUAGUUAUAUCUCUACAUUUAGAAGAUCUUUCUACUUUAGAAUAUAUUCAUUCUGUUUUAAAAUUAGGUAAGAUAAAUAUUUAUAAAGAUUUAAGAAGCCCUACUUGCAAAUUAGUUAUUAAUAAAACUGAUCUACAAGAAGUAUUGUUUCCAUUGCUUAUAUAUAAUAACAUAUUUUUCUUAACUGAUACUAGAGUAGAUCAAUUUAAUUUAGCUAUGUAUAUAUUAAAAAAUGAUAUUAAAUUGUAUAAUGAAAUUCAUAAUAUAAAUAACAUACCAACUAUUUUUGAAAUUCCUAAAAAUCCAUUUGAUUAUACAUUAUUACAUUUUUUUAGAAAUUGA